AAGGGGAGGGGGUAGGGGUUAGGGAAGCUUCUGGAAAAACACUUGCCUUGAUGUAAACUAAGAAAUAAUUGGUUCAAGGCUCAGCACAAAGGGAUCUUUGCGGUGCACAGGGAAGGAAGGAUGCCUCUGGAGGUGGUGGUGGAGCUCCAAAUCCGGGCGAUUUCUUGCCCGGGAGUGUUCCUGCCGGACAAGGAAGUUGUGUACCUUGGAGUCUACCUUCUGAAUCAGUACCUGGAGACAGACUGCUUUCCCUCUGUGUUCCCUAUUGUGAUUCAACAGAGCAUGAGGUUUGAAAAGGUUUUUGAAGAGGCAAUGGAUCCUGGAGCUGUUGCAGAACUUUUAGAAAGCUUCCUAACCAGGUUUGAAUUAGUACAGCUAGUGUCUCCAGCAUGGGAAGAGUUGGCCUACUAUGAAAAAAACACCCGAGACUUCCUGUUCCCCGAGCCCAAGCUGACAUCCUCACACCUUGGCAUGCAGAGGGAGGUGCUCAUGAAGACGGCUAUUUGGUUUCCCGGCAUUGCUCCCAAACUAGAGUUUUCUACAAGGACAGCCAUCCUAGAGUGUGUGUUCCCGUGUAAAAACAGAUUUCUUUGGGAAGAAAGGUGUAAAUUGCAACAGUCUUUCUCAAAGCUGAACGGACCGGCAAACAACAGGAAAAAGAAGCCAAAGGAGAAAGAUUCUGACCAGUUCUCUAAAGGCACAUCAUUUUGGGGACCCUCCCCACAACGACUCCAUCUCCACCGGCCCCCACAGAGGAGCCCUGGAAGGAGCUUCCGGUUUCUGGGAGAAAGGAAGCCUCCAUUUGUGGUUAGACAUGUGGACAGUGGAAACCCCUUUGGUGAAAAUAAUUUGGAGCACCAUUCACAGAAGUCCAGAAGAAAACCUAAGUUUAUAAACUUUGAUCUUGCAAAGAAAAGAGCAUUUUCUCUUGACAGUCUCGAGACAAACAUAAAGGUUGUCAGAGAGCCGGACGAGCGGAUUGUCUUAAGGAGUCAGUCACCACCACCUCUAAAUUCAGGCCAUUUCAGAAAGCCCUUGCUCAAUCACCAAGGGGAUGUCGAUUUCCACCCGGAAACUACAGUUACCACUUCUCAGCUUUCCAGCCCUCCCAGCCCUCUGGAUCACUCUCUUCUCCAAGAAAGGUUCCAGCCGUGUUCUGCAUCCAUGUGGCAGAAGAUCCAGGAGAGGGCAUGCAGCCUCCUGACACCCAACAGAGCUCACCCAAAGGAAGAUUCUAUCUCUGAAACAAAUUCCAUCCAUGAAAGGCCAAGCUACCUUCUGAGGAAACACUUGCUUCGAGAGCACAGAUAUUUUUAACUACUACCUCAUGGGAACAUGACUGAAGGAUGCAGAGCUGGCUCAUGGAGACACUGACACACGAACAGCAUCUGCUGUUGUCUGGGUUGACUUACUGUUGCCUAGCCCUUGUUAAUUCAAAUCUUAUACUCGGUCUUUUGUGCCCAAGGUAAGAAUUAUUGAUUAAAUUCUGUCUGGGACUCUCA